UCAACAUCAGCAGUGUCAAUACCACGGAAGAAGCAGAACACAGUAGACUACGUACUACCGCUACUACUUCUACUACUUCUGUUCUUGUAAUUUUUCAGUCAACACAGGAAUUGGUGGAUUGUCUAAGAGAGAAGACAACAGAAGAGGUAUCCAGCGCAGAUGUUGGCAAGCCGCCCGCGAUGUCGUCUGCCGCCUGGGCUCCUGUAGUGGACGGUCCCGGCGGAUUCCUGCCCGCCAGACCGUGGGACUUACUGGACCAGGGGCAGUUCACCAAGGUCCGCCUCAUGGCGGGCUGCACCACGGACGAGCGAUCAGGAGACCUGGCAAAUAUCCCGGGAGUAGAGAAUGGAGUAAGUAGAGAGCGCUUUAUUGCCGACCUGGCCGACUUUGUGGAACGUUACCCGAGAAACAGGGACUUUAUUUCCGACUCCCUCCUCCAUGGCUACACGGACUAUGACGCCAUCAACGAUCCUAUCACAACCAGGGACAACUACGUACAGUUCCUGUCAGACUACCGGUACGUCUCGCCGCUUGAAGAGGUGUUACUGGGGAUGUCGGCAGGGGGCGUUUCAACCUACAAGUACAGCUUUGGCUAUCAGCCCAUCCCCGACAGGUAUCCCGCAUGGCGAGGGGUGCCCCAUGCAGCAGAACUCCGAUUUCUCUUCAACAUGACAAAUCGGUUUGUGGACGGCGCGCCCACAGCAGCUGACCUGGACAUGAGGGACACGAUGAUCACAAUGUGGACAAACUUCGCCAAGACAGGAGAUCCUACACCAUCUCCUAUCGACGGAGUCACGUGGCAACCGUUCACCAAUGAGACAAGAGCCUAUCUGAUGAUUGACAGGCCGCUGACCAACGGGCAGUUCCUUCAGACCAGGCGCAUGGAACUCUGGGACAACGUCAUCCGGAAUAUGGCGGAAACGGACACCUGCGAGAGCGGCGCCGUGGCUAGUAACGGAAACACGGUUUCCCCCGCUGUGGCCAUGGUUCUCAUGUCGUCUCUUCUGUUAGUAGUAACUUAAGCCAAAGUUCGUUCUUUUUACUCUGACUGGAGGGUAACCUCCAUCGACAGAGUAUUGUUAUUGGUGAUAUGUCUUGAGUGUUUGCACCCAUAUCUCUAUGUUCCGUUUGCAGCAUUCGUAUGUAGUUUGCCAAGUAGUCUGUACUCAGUUGCGCGAUGAUGCACGCUCUUGUGGUAGCUUUUGUUAUAAUCGAUGUAAUAAUUUCAGAAAUCGACCCUAUAUUUUUGAUAUUGUGGAACAGGCAAAGUGGUUUCGGCGUUUGGUAAUCAGCUUAUCUCCAAGCAGGCUGGGUUAUGUGAUUGCGGUAGAGGAAUCCAUAAACAGAUGUUUGACUCUAACAGAUAUUCGUCGUAUUAUGUGUGAUGUAACGACAACAACUACAGUAAUUUCAUGGUUCCUUCGUAAUACAAAGACCCUUAUUCAUUUAUUCAGAAAUAGCAUCUUUUACUUGAAAAUCAUAUGAAAUUGAAUUAGACAACAUCUGAAGCACGUGUUAACAAUACCGUACAACUUUUAUAUCUGAGGUGGACCUCCCAUAUCUGUCGCAUGUUUUUUUCACAACUUGUUUGAUAAGAAGCACCGUUAUAAAAAGUUGAAAAUACUUCAGCGGAUUACUUGUCCUUUGAGUAAGAAACAUUACUUGUCCUAUGAGUUUGUCAAAAUUUCGACAAAAUAUUCCGUCCAUGAUUUUAAUUAAUGGAAUAAUCUUUGGCGUUUUUAUACGGUAAUUACUUCUCCUUGGGUGCUUUUAUUUAGGCCACACUGUCUUCAUUAUAUGGAUGAAAUCCGCGUUUCCCUCGCAAAUUCCGUCCGUUUUCAAAACCAA